UCUCAAUUCAUCAGGCCUCCCAAUUCAAACAAUUGAAAUCAUAAUAUGCAUCUUUAAAACAGAUCUGUUUUUGAACAGAUGAUAACAAGUAUACCUUUAUUGUGAAGUCAGCGUGUUUCACUUCCGUAAGGAGAGAAUUUCUGCGGCUAACUUGCUUAUCGGAUCUAACCUGCCCUGAAGAGGAGCAACACUAUCAUCCGAGGACGAACAUGGAAUAAACAUGGCCCAAAAUAGAGGCCAUUUCUUGCACGCUCUGGAAAGAUCAGAGGCUCGUCCAGACGGCGGCUACAAGCGCAACUGGAGCUUCUCUCAUGCUGGAGGCGGCGAGGAAGAGGAGAAACUCAAGUCCGGUGUGGUGAGCACGCCGGAGACGGUCAAGCAGGCAUCUGCAUCCUUAGAUGGAAAAAAGAGUCCCUCUCUGAAGCACUUCACGUCGGCGGAGCCCCUGCGGACGUAUGAAAACCGCUCCAGCAGUCACCUGAGGCCUCUGCAAAAGCUUCCCCCCAAACGGCUCAGCAUAGCAGCACCCUCGCUCGUGCCCAACAGAAGCAACUGCAUCACCAACGGGGUGGUCCUGCAGGGGCGCCACUUUCAGCACGCUCAGAUGACCUUAAAGAAACCAGUCCAAAGUGUGGAUGUUAAGCAAAGGAACGACUUGACCAUCACGCAGCCGGCGCUGGAAGUGGACAGCAUUGUUCUCACGUGUCCUGACACAGCAGAAGGCGAGAGCUUGAACAUAAAACGUCGUGUCCCGCAAAAGAGGAAACCGUUGGAAGCCAACCAGGCGGUGCAUGCCUACCAGACCGUGUGCGGAAAGUGCAGCAUGCCGUGCGAGGACAGCACCAAGUGUCACGCCUGCGGCAACAGUCCGGCGUGUCUGUCCUUUCAGCAGGGCACGCUGUCCUCGCUGUCCCCCCGCUCGUCCAUCCGAUCCCAGCCCUCCCCGGGACCAAACAGCGGCCUCCUGCAGAACUUUUACAAACCCUCUGCCGGCAGCAGCCGGACCAUUCGGGCUGUGAAUGUCAACGGCCCCUGUCCUCUGAUGGCCGCCACGUCCAGCUGCUACAACGUCCGGAAUCCACCCAGAGGGAGGCGGAAGACCCAGCAGCAUGACAUCGAAGGCCCCAUCGUCUUAUCCAGCGAUGAUGAGGCGGACAACGCCAGCACAGGAAGUGUCAACAGACUGGACAGCAUCUCACCGCAGCCUGCUGAUUCGGCGCACUCCUCUCCAGCACCCUCUUGUGGCAGAGUGGAGGCGGCGGUGAAAAGUGGCGGCGAAGAGGAGGAGCUGAGCACCGAGUUCUUUGAAGAUGUCAACGUAAAUAUCAUGAUACCACGGCCGACCAGGAUGAAAGACCAGUUUGGAAAGCAGCCAUGUUCCCCCAGAAGCAAGCGCUCCAAAGUGGAGUCGAGCAAGUGCGACAGCAUCAUCCUGCAGUGUCGCAGCGUCCGAGUGGGAACUCUGCGCAGAACGGUGAAGAAGCCUGUCGUGUUUUCUGUGGAGAACAUUCAGCUCGAAACUGAAGGUGCCGAGUACAACACCACCGAGAAGGUCUGCCUUCAGGCCUCCGAGCUGAUCAGCUGUGAGUGGUGCAGCGUUCGCAAGUUACCCGUCCUGUUCUUCCAGACCACUUCUCAGGAGUGUGUCCGCCUUCGCACGCAGCUCAACAUGUCGCAGGAGAGCGGCGGCCAGUGGUACGACUGCGCGGGAGAACAUUGUGACGAGAAGUACAUAGUCCUCAUCUUCGUGGAAGGCCUGGAAUUGAAGGAGCAGAUGAUCCUGGAGGACAUCUUGGGGGAGAUCGGCAGGACCAACAACAUCAGCAACUUCCCCGCCAAGUUGCACUUUGACGAAGCCAACGCCCGACUGGUCAACUUCAACAAGGCCGCCAAGCAGAAGGACGACAAGUUGAAGACCGCCCAAGGUGCCCGUCCGUCAUCGCCAGUCAGCGGGACGUGCCCGCUGGCACCCACCAACGUGGCCUUCCGUACGCGUACAUCCACCCGCCAAUACAGCAGCGCCUUCUUUGAUGACGACGACGACGAUAUGGCUGACCUUCAGCCCACCUUCUCGGGACCGGUGGUCAAACUGAUCGUGUAUCCCCCACCUCCUGCCAAAGGUGGCAUAAUGGUGACCAACGAGGACCUUCACUGCCUCAACGAUGGCGAGUUCCUCAACGAUGUCAUCAUCGACUUUUAUUUAAAGUAUUUAGUUUUAGAGAAAUUGAAGAAAGAAGAUGCGCAAAGAAUCCAUGUGUUCAGCUCCUUCUUCUACAAGCGACUGAACCAGAGGGACAGGAGGAACCUUCCAGAAACAAGCAGCCUUCCGAUCCACAAACGGAGGCACAACAGGGUGAAGACGUGGACGCGGCACGUGGAUCUAUUCCAGAAGGACUUUGUCUUUGUCCCCAUCAACGAGUCGGCUCACUGGUACCUGGCAGUCAUCUGCUUCCCUGGCAUCAACGUGCCGGUCCGGGAGCCCGACUCCGCCCCCGUGGAGGACUUUCCCGUCGAGGACGUACCGGAUCACUGCCGUCCACUGUCCCCAGACACAGAUUUACUGGACCGGCACUCGGAGGACCCCCGCUCUGAUGUCCUGGUCCCAUCUGACGAGCGGACUGCGUCGGAGAACUCCGGCGCCACCAGCAGGGGGCCUGAACCAAAAUACCUCAGCGCGUUGCACAGAAUUCGUGUUUGUUACACAAAUAACGAUGACACAUUCACCUUCUCUGAUGACCAAAGCUCCAGUCAGGACGAGUGCAGUGAUGACGGAGCGCCAGCAGAUGAGGCCCUCGCUGCCUAUGCCUCGCCCUUGAAAGUCAACCUGUGUAAACAGCCUUGUAUCCUCAUCAUGGACUCCCUGCGUGGUCCCACCAGGUCCACGGUGGUCAGAACUUUGCGAGAGUACCUGGAGGUGGAGUGGGAGGUGCGCAAAGGGAGCCAUCGCACCUUUGGGAAGGACGUGAUGAAGGGCUCGAGUCCUCGUGUGCCUCAGCAGGACAACUUCAGCGACUGUGGCGUUUACAUCCUGCAGUACGUGGAGAGCUUCUUCGAGAAUCCCAUCACAAGCUUCCAUCUACCCAUGAACCUGGCAGAGUGGUUCCCACAGCAGAGGAUGAAGACAAAGCGUGAGGAGAUCAGGAGUCUGAUCCUGCACAUCCAAGCGCAACAGGAAGUGGACAAGAAGGAGUCGGAGCGGCUCGAGGCUUCGUCCGCUUCCUCUGAGGAGCCGGAGAUUGAAGAGACUUGUGGAUCCCCGGGGGGUCCGCGACAUUUAGCAGUCUCACCCUGAACUUUGACUGUAUGCUGCUGCUGCUGCUGCUGCUCCACUUCCUCCUCCCGCCAUCCAAACACCUUCAACUCUCUUUUCAAUAAAAGUCAAGUGCAAAUGUUACUGUCGUUCCUUUCUUUUCCUCCGGCAACCUGUUGCAGCACACAGUCUUCAUCCUGUGGGUGCUUGUGUGGUGUCAUGAAAUCAACGGUUGCUAAGGCUUUAUUUUGAAAAAAGAAAUUGUCACGUGAUGACAUUGUUUAGUGCUUGACUAAUGUGAUUCCAUAGGAAUCUGUUUCAAGUUUGUUUGCAAAACACCAAUAAUUGAUGUGUUUGUUUACAUAUGUUACAUUUUGCUUGAUAAAUCUGUUCUUGACACAC